UUGGCUUGUGAUGGCAUGUAAGGAUAAGAUAUGGAAAUGAGAUCUUUCUCUUCUUGGCUUGUGACUAAACAUGAUUAAUCUGUGGCCGGUUAGUGCAAGUGCUCAUAGUUGUUUCUUGUCGAUCCUGAAAUUAUUAUUCACAGAGGAAGAGAGCGGAGAGAGUCGAAGGCCAUGGCGGGGGAACAGUUGCAAGUCCUCAACGCCCUCGAUGUGGCAAAGACCCAAUGGUACCACUUCACCGCGAUCAUCAUCGCCGGGAUGGGUUUCUUCACCGAUGCCUACGAUCUGUUCUGCAUCUCCCUUGUCACCAAGUUGCUCGGCCGCCUCUAUUACCAUGUCGAUGGCGCGGCAAAGCCUGGCACUCUGCCUCCUAAUGUUUCGGCAGCCGUCAAUGGUGUGGCGCUCUGUGGGACCCUCGCCGGCCAGCUCUUCUUCGGGUGGCUCGGUGACAAGUUGGGCCGAAAGAAGGUCUAUGGCCUGACCCUGUUGCUCAUGAUCAUAUGCUCCGUCGCCUCGGGCCUCUCAUUUGGGCACAGCGCCAAGUCGGUGAUGGCCACCUUGUGCUUCUUCCGCUUCUGGCUUGGCUUCGGAAUCGGUGGUGAUUACCCUUUGUCAGCCACAAUCAUGUCUGAGUAUGCAAAUAAGAAGACCCGAGGUGCUUUCAUCGCUGCCGUUUUUGCCAUGCAGGGCUUCGGGAUCCUCGCCGGUGGUGUCUUCGCGAUCAUUGCGUCGACGGCCUUCAGGGUCAAGUAUGACGCCCCGGCUUAUGAGGUGGACCCGCUCGGCUCAACUGUUCCACAGGCAGACUAUCUCUGGAGGAUCGUCUUGAUGGUGGGAGCGUUCCCGGCGGCGCUCACCUAUUACUGGAGGAUGAAGAUGCCGGAGACCGCCCGCUACACUGCCCUCGUGGCUAAGAAUGCCAAGCAGGCCGCAACGGACAUGUCCAAGGUCUUGCAAGUUGACAUCGAGGCCGAGCAGAGCAAGAUCGAGAAGCUGACCCAGGGUGAGGCCGGUGGAUUUGGCUUGUUCACCAAGCAGUUCCUCCAACGCCAUGGCCUCCACCUGCUUGGGACGACCUCCACCUGGUUCCUGCUCGACAUUGCAUUCUACAGCCAGAACCUGUUCCAGAAGGAUAUCUUCAGCGCGAUUGGGUGGAUCCCUGGGGCGAAGACCAUGAACGCAAUUGAGGAGGUGUUUUGGAUUGCGCGGGCGCAGACACUUAUUGCCCUGUGCAGCACCGUCCCUGGGUACUGGUUCACCGUGGCCUUGAUUGACAGGAUGGGGCGUUUCGCCAUCCAGCUGAUGGGCUUCGCUUUCAUGACGAUAUUCAUGUUCGCACUCGCUAUCCCAUACGACCACUGGACGCACAAGGAAAACCGCAUCGGGUUUGUAGUGGUGUACUCACUCACUUUCUUCUUCGCCAACUUUGGGCCCAACGCCACCACUUUCGUGGUCCCGGCAGAGAUCUUCCCUGCCAGGCUGCGGUCGACCUGCCACGGGAUAUCUGCGGCAGCAGGGAAGCUUGGGGCGAUCGUGGGUGCAUUCGGAUUCCUGUACCUGGCGCAGAACCAGGACAAGACCAAGGUGGAUGCAGGCUACCCGGCAGGCAUCGGGGUCCGGAACUCGCUCAUCUUGUUGGGAGUGGUCAACUUCCUGGGUCUCCUGUUUACGUUCUUGGUGCCUGAGUCCAAGGGCAAGUCAUUGGAAGAGAUGUCUGGAGAGAAUGAGGAAGCGGCAGAGGAGGAGGCGAGGUCCUAGAUCUAGUUCGGACACAGUCAAGUUUAUGUCGGAAAUAAUCCUGCAAAUCUUCAGGUCUUUUAAAGUUUCUAAUGUCUUGAACAUCUGAUCUCCUUUAGCAGCUGAGGUUUUUUUUUCUUUUUUUUUUUCCUCAUCUUUAAGUUUGGCCUUUUCAUUUGGGGGAGUUGCGUUUUGGAGUGGUUGAGCUUUGUAUUACAUAUUUGUAAGUCAAGAAAGUGUAUGUUCUGAUGCCAGUUGCGUGAUCUUGUGUAACCAAUCCAUGGCUCAGUUGUGGCCCCUCGUUGAUCAUUAUUAUUUUCUA